UAGGUCCGUUGGUUUUAAAAAAAAAGAAAAAUUCGAUAAGUUUGAUGAAACGGGCCUUGCGCAUGAACCCGUAAGGGGCGGAUGUUGCCACGCGGCGUACGCUGGUUGGUCAAGCGUUCCGCGUUGACGAGGAGGAAAGUCGGGCCACGUCUUGUUUCUUCUCAUUUUCCCCUUUCUCUGAAAAACUAGGGUUUCACCGUGAGAGGCGACUUAUCGUGCGACGACGAUUCCCGGCGUUUUUCUCGACGUAAUCGACGACGUCCUCUUCUCUCCACCAGCGUAGAUGGAUCCGGAAGAAGAUAGAAGACAUUCAAAGAAGCAACAUGAACACAUCAACAUGUUAAGUUUCGUGGCGGAUUCUGAGUACGGUAUUCCUAAAAGGUGUCCGUGUGGUGGGAGACUCAUAAACGAGGUGCGCGGGGAGGAGGACUACGACACUCUUCCUGGGAAGCGGUUCUUCACCUGCAGAAACUACGAGGCUGAUGGGCUCCAUUAUCGUCAGCCUUGGGUGAUAGGUGUGCAGGAGGAGCUCGAGAGGCUAACUAAACGGGUGGAAGAGGCUGAGGAGGUGAUGCUGGGGGUGUCCAAUCUUAGUAAACGGUUUGAGAGACUUGAGGAACAGGUUAAUUCACUCAAUGAGGCUGUCUAUGACCUCACUGUGCAGGUCCAUUCCCUCGAGAAGGUCUGCUUCGAUUGACAAUGAAAGGUUAGAGUCAGCUAAACUAUAUCUAGGGUAAUUGUUAUCUGUGGAUUGAAGUAGACGUAGGAGUAGAAGUAGAACAAAAGUAUAACUAUUUGUAGAACUAGAAGUAGACAUAAACUAAACUAGUACGAGAACUAGAAGUACAAGUAGAUAUUAAUUGUUGGUUGGUUGGUUGCUGUGAUUAAUGUUGAAUUGUACUUAGGUUGGUAGAGAUAGUUUAAUUUUCUCUCUUUUGAAACGGAAAAUACCCUGUAUUUUCGCCUGAUUUGAUGUCUAUUGACUGCUCAUUACUAUGUAGUAGUUCUGUAAUGAAUUUUGGUUGGUAUUGUUAGUUAAAUUUUAUCUCUUUCCACACGUAAAAACUUGUUUAAAAACAUAGUAACUCCACCCUAAAAAUUUACAGAAACAUCUUAACACAAAACCAAAACAAAAACCGGUAACCCUCAAACCAAAACCAGAACACAAAACCCUCAAACAUGGAACCUUUUUCCCUUCACGGUCCCGGGUUUGUUAACCUAUUAGCUUCGCAGAGCAGUAGUCCAAUAGACGUUGACUCUGCUGAGGCUGCAGUUAACUCACCCGGGUUAGUUAAACCACCGGAAAGGAGAAAGUGGACAACCAAAGAAGACCUUGUACUGAUCAGUGCUUGGUUAAACACCAGCAAAGAUCCGAUAGUUAGUAAUGAACAGAAGUUAGGGACUUUUUGGAAGAGAAUUGAGGCGUAUUUCAAUUCUAGUCCUCAGCUCAUUGGCUCCCUUCCUCGAGAGUGGGGUCAAUGUAAGCAGAGGUGGGGAAGGGUGAAUGCAGAGGUCUGCAGGUUUGUGGGUUCCCAUGAAACGGCUCUGAAGGAGCAAGCGAGUGGGCAAAGUGAAAAUGAUGUCAUGAAGACUGCGCAUGACAUCUAUUUCAAUGACUACCAUCUCAAGUUUGCGCUUGAACAUUGCUGGAGGGAACUUCGGUUUGAUCAGAAGUGGAGGUCACACUCUCAGCCGAAGGAGAAAAGGAAGGAAGGUGGUGCGGAGGCGGUGCGUGAGGAGGAAGAGGUUAGGCCUCCUGGUGUUAAGGCUAGCAAAGCUGCUAAACGCAAGAAGCCAAAUGAAGCAGCUUAUGAUCAUAUACAUACCAUCCUAGCUGAGAAAAAUACCAUUUCCAGACAAAAGAUCCUUGAUCGUUUGCUAGCCAAAAACAUAGACACACUUUCUGAUAAUGAAGUGGCUCUCAAGAAUAAACUCAUCUCUGAAAUGCUUUGAUGUCUAUUGUGUGUAUUUUCUUGCUUUGCUUGAGUAGUUGAUGUGUAUUUCCUUGCUUUGCUUUACUGAUUAUGUUAGCUUUUCUUCUGCAGGUCACGGGUUGGAGGUGACAGUGUUGCAGGUCACGGGUUGGAAGUUUAGGUUGUUGCAGGUCACGGGUUAUGUUUCUUUCUACACUGCAGGUCAAUCAUGUACUAUGUCUAUGUAUUUUGCUAUUGUUGUAACUCUGAACUUGAUUCACGGAUGUACUGAACUUGAUUCACGGAUGUACUAUGUUGUAACUCUAUGUCUCUCUAUUUAAAUGAUGUCUCUACUCUCUGCUUUUUAAUCAAAGUGAUCUUCUAUUUC